CCUCAAAGGGCCCCGCUUCAGUGCCAACCACUCCAGUCGCAUGCGAUGAGAAUGCCAUGGCUCCCCCUUGCGCUACUGGCGCUGUCGCCUUCGCUGGGGAGGGCGCAAAUCACAUGGGCGCCCCAGCCCAUGUCCCUCUCAGACAGCGAUGACUUCGCCAACCAGCAGCGGCUCUACGAGUUGCUGCGGCAAGCGUAUUUCACGGACUAUGAGGCGGCGCGGCCGAGUCACCGACUGCAGCACGUUUUGUCGGAGGAGCUCAGUGACUUCUACCGCAAGGUGCCUGCGCGGCCGUCGCUGGCGCUGGCAGUGGCCAUGGGGAAGUACCACUUUGCGUGGUACCAGCAGGAUGGCAAGGAGAUGGACGUUCACAGCGUCCGCGAGGCUGCGGAGCUCUUGGGUCUCAGCAUUCAGUUUAGCCAGUGCGAUCGCCCAGAUUUGCCCUCGGAGGUGUUUUUCCAGCGCAUGUGCCACGCGCGGUGGCCCUACGCGAUUUUGCUCUUCAGCGAGCUGGGCCGCGAGUUCGCGUCCAGGUACCUGACUGAAGAGGCAGCCGACACCUUGGAGAGGGCGGUGGCGACCUUUGAGACCAUGAAGCGCCUGCCGUACUACGCGAAUGGACCAUGGCAGAGCCCCUACGAUGUGAACUUCAACGAGGAGUUUUUCCCUGCAGCCGCCCAUGGCCCUGUGUGGGAGAAGGCCCAGGUGCCGCUGGCGGAGCUCUUGGGAAGUUUGCCCCUCGAGGAGCUGAGGCAACUGGGGGAGGACCCCGUCUUCGACGCGCUGUCCUUCGAGCACAGCCGGCUGGAGGGACAAGACUCCUGGCCGGAGGGCGCCUGGCGGGCGGUGGAGUUCAAGGGAAAGGACUGGCAGACCAGGGCCUGCCACUUUGCCCCCAGGACCUGCAGCUUCCUGAGCACGCGGCCCGAGCUCGGCUGCCCCAACGCCCACGCAGCGCUGGUGAGGCUCCGCCCCGGGGGGCGUCUGAAGCCCCACUUCGGCGCAGCGCCGGCGCUGCAGCUGCACGUGCCGGUGCUUGAAGCGCUGGGAGCGCGCAUGAGCGUGGGCAACAGGACGCUGAGCUUCAAGCUGGGUGAGGUGCUGGUGCUGGACGGAACCUUUAUCCGCCAGGAGUGGCACAAUGGAGUGCGGGGCGAGCAGCUUGUGCUGAAGGUUACCAUUUGCCACCCCUGCGAAGAGUCCCAGCGCCCGCUCUACGGCGCGCUCACCUGCGCGAGGCCUUCCGGUCAGCGCGCCCUGGCCUCGGCGGCGCCCGCACCCGCGGCGGCCGCGUCGGUGCCCUUCGCCGCCGCGGCGCUGUGGGCCGCGGGGCUGCCGGAGCUCGCGCGGUGCAGCGCCAUCAGCGAGCAGUGCCCUCCAGACUCGCAGCACGGGGGGCCGAACCCUUUGAGUGCUCUGAACACCUGGAACUAUGCCAUGAACAACCUCCGCGCCGCCUUGCGACAUUCCGCGGCCAAUGUGGAUCCCGAGGUGAUGACGGCCAUCGGGCAGGUGCAGGCGGGCAUCCAGAGCUUUUUGGGCGCCCCCUCGCUGGAGCAGUACGCGCCCAUCACGCAGCUGGCGGAACAGAUCUUCGAGGCCCUGAGGCCCUGGCUGCAGCAGCAGCCCCCAGCCGCGCUGGUCCUGCCGCGCACCCGCCGCUCCUUCGCAGUGCCGGCGGACGGGCGAAGCCCGGGCAGCCUGGCGUUCAGGCUCAGCAACGGCGUGGAGAUGCCGGCCAUCGGCUUCGGCACUUGGAAGCUGGAGGGCCAGGCCUGCUACGAGGCCGUGACCGCUGCAUUGAGGCUGGGAAUCCGGCACAUUGACACUGCGGAAGCCUACCAGAACGAGGCUGAGAUCGGCCGCGCGCUGAGGGAGGCCCAGGUGCCCAGGGAAGAAGUCUUCCUGGCGACGAAGGCCACCUCCGUGGCGCUGGGAAUGGCGGAGACCCAGUAUUUGGAUGCGAUCUUUGCGAAUCAGUUGCAAGCCCUGCAGACGGAUUACCUAGAUGUCUACAUGCUCCACGCGGCCGGCGUUUCGGGGGAGAAGCUGCAGGAAGUGUGGAGGAACAUGGAGCGCCUCGUUGACCUCGGCCGAGUGCGGGCGCUGGGGGUGUCCAACUUCGGCAUCGAGGAGUUGGAAGCUCUGUGGGCCUUUGCGCGAGUGAAGCCGGUAUACUUGCAGAACAUCUUCAAAGUCUACAAGCAAGGCGAGCAGAUCCUGGGGAAGAGCCCUUUGAGCGUGCUGGACUGGGCGCAAGAGCACGGCAUGGUGAUGGUGGGCUACAGUACCAUCAACUCCUGGCCCCACCUCCUGCCGCCCCUAGAGGAUCCGCACGUACUGCAAGUGGCCUCGGACGUGCAAAGGACGCCCUCACAGGUGCUGCACCGCUGGGCGCUGCAACACGGCGUGGCCGUGAUCCCAAAGGCCUCCUCGGUGGAGCGCAUCAGGGAGAACGCCGCCCUCCUGGACUUCGAGCUGUCGGAGUCUCAGAUGGCGCAGCUGGACGGCCUCGCCACCUUGUCCGAGAGCACGGAAGGCGAGAAGCGUCCCAGCUGGCGCGAGGACGUCUUCGGCUUGGGCCAGCCGGCGCCAGCAGUCGCGGCCAGCUUUGUGGAGGCCAUGCGAGAUCAGCAGUGCAUCCGGCAGCCAGAGGAGGUGAAGGCCACGCACUUCACCCUGGGCGGGGGCGGGCACAUGAUCGAGCACUGCCAGAAAGCCUGUGAGGCUCAGGCGGACUGCGGAUUUCUGGUCUUCUACGAGCAGACCGGCUUUUGCCAUAUGUUCAGGAGCUGCCAGCAGCAGCUGCCAGCAUCGGAUGGGGCGGUGCUCUGGGCGCGGCAAUGA